CUUUUGCGCAUGCGUGGCUUGGCGUCCUGGUCUUUCCCGCCAGCUUGCAGAAGAUUAGAAUUCUUGGAAAGACUACGAGGAAGUUAAAUAAUGAAAGAGAGCAAGGAGCCGUAUUUUGUGAAGUUUAUAAAAACUCUGGAAAGUUCAGAGUGUUUUCUUCAAGCCCUUGAGUCCAUCAAAGAAUUUCAAUCAGAAGAAUGUCUUCAGAUUCUUGAUAAGGAAGCUGCACUUAAAAUACAAGAGAAUGACAAAUCCCUUUAUAUAUGUGAUGAGUUUAGUGGCAUUGUUUUUAAUCAUCUUCAAAAGCUUGGUUGUAGGAUUGUGGGACCACAGGUAGUUAUCUACUGUAUGCAGAAUCAACGAUGCGUUCCAAAGGCUGACCAUCCAGUAUUUAAUAUGACAAUGGCUGAUGUAACAAUAUCUUGUACAAGUCUUCCAAAGGAAACAAGGGAGGAAGUCCAUGAAUAUGUACAGUUGAUGGGUGGUCGUGUAUACAGAGAUCUUAAUGUAUUAGUAACCCACCUUAUAGCUGGAGAAGUUGGAAGCAAGAAAUACUUAGUUGCUGCUAAUUUAAAAAAACCCAUUUUGCUUCCCAUUUGGAUAAAAACACUAUGGGAUAAAUCACAGCGCAGGAUCACUAGAUACACAGAUAUAAAUAUGGGAGAGUUUCUGUGUCCUCCAUUUCUUGGUUGUACAAUCUGCGUAACUGGUUUAAGCAGCAUGGAUAGACAAGAAGUCCAGCGUCUCACCACUGAGAAUGGUGGUCAAUAUACAGGGCAACUGAAGAUGAAUGAAUGUACUCAUCUUAUUGUUCAAGAACCAAAAGGUCAGAAAUAUGAAUGUGCAAAAAGGUGGAAUGUUCAUUGUAUAUCCAUGCAGUGGUUUUUUGACAGCAUUGAAAAGAGAUUUUGCCAGGAUGAAUCAAUGUAUUUAAUAGUUCCUAGCACAAAGCAAGAUAGUGCACCAAGCACUUCAACUCCUACAAGUCAAGCUAGCAAGCCAGACAGUCGAACACUUUCGGAUGUUAGUCAUAUUUCAAAUAUCAACUUAAGUGACAUUAAUGAAACAUCAUAUAGUUCUGUUUUGAAUAGCAGACUGGAUCCUUCGCCUGAUGAUCUGAACAACUUGAAUAUUAGUUCUUUGCAAGCACGUGAGGAUUUACUGGAUGGAUGCCGAAUUUAUCUUUGUGGCUUUAGUGCCAGAAAAUUAGAUAAAAUGAAAAAGCUGAUUAACUCUGGUGGUGCUGUUCGUUUUAAUCAACUAAAUGAAGAUGUGACACAUGUUAUUGUGGGGGAUUGUGAUGAUGAAUUAAAACAAUUUUUGAAGAAAACAGAACACAGGCCACAUGCUGUGACAGUACAAUGGCUUUUGGAAUGCUUUAGAAAAGGUUAUUUAAUACCUGAAGAGCAAUAUGCCCCUGCAAGUUAUCAACAAGCGAAUAUUCCACCUUCUGAGCCACCUUUCAUCUCCAAAAAAAAUGACAUGUUAAAGAAAGAACAUGUGAAUACUAUGGCAGCUGCAGAUACUGAUGAAGAAUUGCUAUCUCAGUAUGUUACUCAUGAUUCCAAAGUAGUUCAUUUUGAUGACCACAUUGAAACUGAUCACACUGUCUUUCAAGAUGGAAAAGAGGUCACAGUUACUUCCUUGGCAGAGUCUUCUUCAGUUAUUGAAGGAGCCUUAUUUAGUGGAAAAAAGUUUCUCAUUCUUGGUUUUGGUAAAGCAGAUGAAUCUUACAUAAGAGCUCUGAUUGAAGAGAAUGCUGGGAAGGUUCUGCUCCAGGAAAAAAGAGUUAUUGCUGAUUAUGCUGUUGUUCCUCUUCUGGGAAACAAGGUCAUAUCAACUGUAGAAGAUGUGGUUACAAACACAUGGCUGGUGAUGUGUAUAGAACAACAGACUCUGAUAGAUCCUCAAUCAAGUCCACUUUUCAGCCCAGUGCCAAUGAAGGAAGGAGCCACCCCAUUACAGCAUUUUGUGUUGUCUUUCAGUCAGUUUAGUGGAGCAGAGAGAGAAUCUUUAGUAUGUUUGGCAAGUCAGCUUGGGGCAAGAGUUCAGGAAUUCUUCGUGAGAAGAGCCAACCCAAAGAAAGGAAUGCUUGUUAGCACUCACCUGGUGCUAAAAGAGCCAGAUGGUUCUAAAUAUGAAGCAGCAAAGAAGUGGAAUCUUCCUGCCAUUACUAUGGCUUGGCUAUUAGAGUCUGCUAGGAUGGGAAAAAAGGCUGAUGAAAGCAAAUUCCUGAUUGAGAAUAUAGACAACAAAGAUAAACAAAAGAACCUUAAAAAUUCUUCAGAAGAAAUGGAGAAAAGCAUUACAUCUACAAAUACACCUGAUUAUCCUAGUAAAGUCCUUGAAACUGGAAAGAUAACAACAGUGACACCCCUGGAUGUGAAUUGUUUCCAAAGUAAAGCUUUCCAAAGUGUUAUUUCACAGCAUAUUGGUAAAAAUCCUAACCCUCCAAUUGGAAGCAAAGCAGUACAGAAGGAACCCUCUCUGCAUCUCGACACACCAUCUAAAUUUUUAUCGAAAGACAAGCUCUUUAAACCUUCUUUUGAUGUCAAGGAUGCUUUGGCAGUUUUGGAAACUCCAGGUGGUCCUAACCAAGAAAACACAAAUCUAAGUACUCCUCUUUCAGAAGUCAUUGGCAGGAACUUAAAACUAGCUUUGGCCAACAGCACACGCCAAACAGUUGUAAUCACUGCCAGUCCGCAGCUAAAAGCUCCAUGCUGGCAAACGGAAGAAGAAUCAAAACCUUUAGCAGAUGUUGUUAUCUGUGUGAGUAAGAAGCUCAGUAAAAAGCAGAGUGAAUUGAAUGCUAUUGCUGCAUCUCUUGGAGCAGAUUACAGGUGGUGCUUUGAUGAAACUGUAACACAUUUCAUCUAUCAGGGAAGGCAGAAUGAUAACAACCGAGAAUACAAAUCUGCUAAAGAAAGAGGCAUAUACAUUGUUUCAGAGCAUUGGCUCUUGGAGAGUGCACAAGAAUACAAACGACUAGCUGAAUCUAUUUAUCCUCAUACAUAUAAUCCUAAAAUGAGUUUGAAUAUAAGUGGUGUGGAAGAUGACAGAUUCUCACAAAGGCUUGAUUCUGCUGGAAAAGAAGGGAAAGGAGACAAAAAUAAUUCACUGAAUGAUAACGAUACCAAAAAAGUUAUUAUUGAUCAAACAAAUGAGGUUGAACAAAAGGAGCAUGAACCAAAAGGAGUUUUAACACAGACAUUGGAAAUGAGGGAAAAGUUUCAGAAGCAACUCCAAGAAAUCAUGACUGCCACAACCUUAGCAAAGCUGCAAAGACAAAGGAACUCUUUAUCUCGGAAUGGUUUUGAGAAUUCUCCAACAACUCCAGAUGGACCUCGUUCUGCUCGGAAUGGCCGCAGUAGAAUUUUGGAAGCUUUAAGGCAGUCACAUGAUGGAGCAAUUGAUGUCAAUACUGAGCCAUCCCAGAAUGAACAGAUAAUUUGGGAUGACCCUACGGCAAGAGAGGAGAGAGCAAGGCUUGCCAGCAACCUUCAGUGGCCUAACAGUCCUUCACAGUAUUCAGAACAAAUUCAAACUACUGCAGUGCCCCCAGGAGAACUUUCACUUAGAAAGUCUUUGAGUGAUGCAGAAAUUAUUGAAAUGGGGAUUAAUGAUUCAAAGAAAAUUGAUUCAGUGGAGGUUGCAAGUCUUCUAAUUAGUAAUCCAGAAACACCGAUUAAAGAAGAUCACCUGAUCCCAACUCCAUUGGCUCCAGCUAUUGCUUUUCCAUUGGCAAAUCCUCCAGUCGCUCCCCAGCCAAAAGGAGAUGUAUGUUCUGUCAUGAUCACUAAAAUUGACCAAAGGGACUAUGAAGAACCAACAAAAAUGCACAGAUUUCAGCUCUCUUCUCUUAAUCCUCAGGAACGAAUUAAUUAUUAUCAGCUAAUUGAAGAAUUAGGGGGAGUGGUGUUGGAGAAGCAAUGCUUUGAUUCAAGCUGCACACAUACAAUUGUGGGACAACCUCUUCGUAAUGAGAAAUUCUUGGCAUCAAUGGCAGCAGGAAAAUGGGUGCUUCAUCGUUCCUAUUUGGAAGCAUGCAGAGCAGCAGACAGCUUUGUAAAGGAGGAAGAUUAUGAGUGGGGAAGCGACUCUAUACUUAGUGUACUGACCGGAAUCAAUAUAGUUCAGAAGAAGUUAGCAGUUGCAGCAAUGAGAUGGAGAAAGACAAUACAACAAUGGAAAGAGCAAAACAGCUCUGCUGAGGGAGCAUUUGGUGGUUGGAGAGUUAUUUUGAAUGUUGAUCCAGCAAAGGAAUCAGGCUUCAAGCGUCUUCUAGAAUCAGGAGGUGCAAAGGUGUUAUCUGCAUAUUCUCCACCUAUCUUUAGAGAAGUUACUCAUUUUUUUGCUGAUCUUAAUAAACUGAAGCCAGAAGAUGUGAGAAUUAAUAUAAGAGAGGCUACAGCUCAAGGGGUUAAUUGUCUGAAGCCAGAAUACAUUGCUGACUACUUGAUACAGGAACCACCACCUUCAAUGGAAAACUAUCAUUUACCAGAAGCUGCUGCUUAUCUCCAGAAUAGUAAAAUAUUUGGAAUUGGGUUGUCUCAAAAACGUAAAGCUGCUGAAGAAAAGCAUACAGCAAAGAGAUCCAGAAUUCACUGAGGCGACUAAUCUGAAAAUAUAAAUUUUCAAUUUCUAUUUGUUUUCCUUUCCAAGAUAAAAGAUAUUAAUUUUUGUUAUAUUUUUGUGUGCCUUAGAUUUCAAGAAAUAACUGCCAUUUUUUCAAAAUUAAACUUCUGCAACUUUUAUUACAGGGUUGGAGGAAUAGGUAGUUAUAUUCAUAUUGUACUUGAAAUGAUCCUUGAAAUACUUUAUUCAGUAAAUGCAUAAAAAAAACUUUAGAUAAAAUACACAAGGCCACCUAACGUAACUUUUGCCUGCAUUUGUCUUUUCUUACUGGUUUCCACAAGACAAUUAUAUGAUGUAAAUAUAGGUUGCUAUAUCAGCUUAUAUUAGGGCAUAGCCUCAUUGAAGUUUUUCCUGCUUUUAUAAUUUAUCUUUCCUUUUCUAAAAACCUGCAUUUUAACUUUAGCAACUUGGGAAUUUUCUUUUCAAUGGAGAAUAUGGUUAAGCAUCUCUAAAAAGAUAGAACAUUACCUUUCAGACCAAGGGUCAUCUGAUUUUUUUAAAUUAAAAAAAAUCAGAAUUGCCUAACCAAAAUUUCAGACUUUGUUUCCAAAUAACUUAUUAACUGGGAUGCUUAUAUAAAGCUCUAAUUUUGACAUGCUUAAAGUAUUCUCCCAGUUCUUUCAUUUGUUAAAUCAAUGUUUAAUAGUAGUAUCAAGGAAUCUGUAUACAGCAAGUAUCAGCCACAUCUGAGACAGUUUAUUUAAAUUGGCCUCCUAUUCAUUUAUUUCAAUAGCAGUAGUAGGAAUAGCAAGAUUUCAAGUAACAGCUACUUUGCAGAAACAAAGAAGAGAUCAUUCACUGUCUCUUUUCAAAAUUUUAUUGAGUUUUUACUUUUCAAAAAUAAUUUCAAAAAAUUGCAAAUGAGGAAAAAAAAUCAGUAUUCGGAGAAUUGGAAAUUAAGAUUUAGAUUAUAUUCUUUAAUAGUAAAACUAAAACUCAACCUGAUGUUUGCUAGUUUUGUUUUUAAAAAAACUACCUGGUGUCUACAGUAAAUAAGAAACAAACAGAUUUGAUGCAAUAUUGAACAGUUGCUAAUUGAUUCAAGGACCUUUUCUCAGGCAAUAUAACUGAUGAGGAUAACACUACUUUUGUCUUGAAAAAGCAUAUAACAGAAGAUUUCUACAAAAAGAAUAACAAACUGUGAAUGUUAAAUUUAUUUCAUUCAGAGAGAUUACAAAAAUGAUAAUUCAUCUCAUCCAUGCAAAUCCCAAGAACCUUAUUAAUACAAUUAUAUCAGCAUAGUAAUCACACAGAACCAAAAAGAAAUGUAUAAAGUUUGAAAAAUCAACCAUGCCUUUUUAGAAAGUCCAUUAUUACAUUAUCAUUAACAUGUGUAAAGAACUUUCUAUAGUAGUAGUAAAAUACUGUAAAUAAAAUCAAGUUAAAUAUUUUCUUUUUGUGACAGAUUUCAGCAAAUUUAAUUACACCUUGUACUUUUAUAGCACCUUCAUUGGAAAACUCAAAAACAUUUUAUAAAUCUGAAGUCAACCUCACAACAUCCCUGUGAAAUAGGGUAGUAUUGUCUUUGUAGCUUAGAAAAUAAACAAUCUAAUUUCCGAUGCUGUAUUUAAUACAAUGCUUCCUCCUUUGCAGUGGUUUCAAACUUCUUCAUAUUCUUGAAUUUGCCACUUGACAAGUUUUCUAUGUUUUUGUAAAUAAGAAAUUUCAUUGAAAUCCAUUAUAAUUUCCAUUUUGGUGGAACAAAUGUUAGAAAUGUUAUUUUUUGUAUUUUAAUAACAGCCUUUUAUCUGACGUACAUCAGCAUAUUUAUGGACAGAUAAUCUGAAGUUUUACUCCUUUUCACUUUGCUCCUAAAAAGAAGAGGCAUUCUAUGCAUCCAAGAGAAUAAACAUGACAAGAGUUCUAAUCUAUCCUAUCUCACUAUAGAUUGGUCUUCAAUCUUUUUUUUUUAUUGAGAAGUUGUGUUUUUUUAUAGUAAGCAACUGUUCCAAAGCAGAUUAUUAUCUUUUGCUCCACAGAACCUUCUCACCAUCUUUUUUAUUUCUAUCUCAUUGUAUGUUAUAAACUAUUCAGUAUUUUAACCUCUAUGAAACUUUAAUCCUGUAUGUACAAAUGAAUCGAUAUAAGGUUGUAUUAAUUUAUGGGAAUAUUUAAGGUUUAAAAACUAUUACAUUACCAGAAUGUAAUAGUUUUUAAACAUGAAUGGGGAAGCUCCCUGGGCAAUUGACAUUUUAAGCAUUUGCAUCCCCGUCCUGGAGCUAAGUGAUCAUCUUAAUUUAUUAAAUAAUGAAAUUAAUGGGCUAUGAAGUAACUCUUAGAAUGAGUCAGAUCAUAUAUAGAGUGAAACCCAUCUAAAAUCUUAACUGCAAUAGUACAGGCAACCAGGUCUCUUCCCCAGAAAUUGUCUGAUACUGUUUUUCGACAUUAAGCUGCUAGUCUCCACUAUAUUAUGUAGGAGGACUGUAGAGCUUGGGCAGAUUCUAAGGACGUAAUCUUGAGAACUAUUUUGGAUUUCUUUCAGAUUGUAGAUUUUAAGGUGCAGAAUUAUAAUAGCUAUUACCUAAUCAUGCAAUUUUCAUUUUCUGGGCUGAUUUAAAUGACCUCGAUAAGCCAUACUAACAAUCAUUAUCUCCCUAUAUUUCCCUAUUCCAAAGAAGGCAGUUAAGGUCAUUGGCAUUUGAAGUAGAAUGAUUCUGUGGAUCCAUUUCAAUUGGGCUUUUGACCAAGAUAAGAUAAUGAAAUAACCUUAUGGACUGCCUGAGGAUUGAAGUUUGGUAUUGUUUUACAAUGCUUCCAGUUUUCUUAACAAAUAAUAUCCAGAUGGCAGUACUGAUUUGUGAUCCCAUUAUUUUGACUUGAAUCUAAUUUUGUAUCCCUCUUCUGAAUUUGACAGGGGAGUUUUUUCUAGAUUUCUGAUGUCAGAUGUCAUUGCUAGGCUGAUGUUAAUCAGUUCAACACACUUCUAAGUAAGCAUCUGGUAACUUUGAAGAUUUAGGUAAAGUUUGAUAAUAGGUAAAUGUUACUGUUGGUUAAAAAGAUGACCUGGAUUCUGAGACUGAGAUAUAUGCUGUUGAUACAAUUGCAGUCCCUGUGAAAACAUUUAGUUAAUAGUGCUGCUUUGAUUACUAAAUUCCACUGAAUUUGAAGAUGCUGAUGAAUCUUUGUACAAUUAUAUCUAUUAUGAUACCUGCAUUCCUUCCAAGAUUAGAUUUUUACAAGUUGUCCAUGCACUGAUUAUAUCCUAUUGUGACUGUUGCAACACAUACUAUGGGCUACCCUUGAAAUAUCCAAACAUUUCAUUUGGUGCAAAAUCCAGGAUGCAGAUUGCCAAAUUAUGUAAGGUACAAAGUUCAUAAACUGCUGGCACUGGUUACCACUUGUUUGCCAAGUAUAAUUUAAAGAGCUGCUAUUCUUAAAGUCCCAAAUGUUUUAGGGUCUUUUCUGUUUUCCUUACAAACUUCCAUUUAGAUUGGGACACACUUCCCCCUCACAGUCAUUUUUAAAAACAUCACUCAGAGAUGUAGCUUGCCUUUGGUCAUGAGAAAGGGGACUUUUUCCUACAUUACUCCUGAAUUGGUACAUACACACUUCAUCACAUUCUUUAUUGUUAAUGGUUUUUUCUUGCUAAUUUUAAUUCAGUGUUAUCUUUAAACAAAAUUUUGUUAGCUGCUUGUAAUACCCAAUACAGAUGUAAAGAGCAACAUAUUCAAAUAAAUAGCAUUUACUAUAAAUUUAUUUCUUUUGGAGAAGUGGACAUAGGAAGUCUAUUUUAAAAAGUUUAUUUUGCAGGUCAAUUAUUGCCCCAUUUUGCCUAAAAAUGGAUUUUGAAGGCAAUCAGUUCAGUUGUCCCUAUAAUUGAUUUGGCUUAGGCAAUUUAUCCAAAAACAAUUGGAUUGUCUGAAACUAAGCUUCUUUCAGCAUCCCAUCUGUUUAAAAAUAUUUACCUUGAAUAAUUUAAGGCCUCUGCAUAAAACAUGUUUCCUACCGAAGUACUGAAAUGAGAAUAUAGAAGAUAUGCUGGGUACAGUGUUUUUACUGAACGUGACUGAAAAUAGUGUUGUCACAGCCUAUUCAUUGUCAACACAUCGGAUUUGAAUUCAGUAUGACUGACUAUAUAGUCCAAGACUAAGUUCUUGAAAUGACAUGAGUUGUGCUGAUUGGAUCUAUGUAGCUUGAUCCCUAUUCAACUGCUAACAUACCUUGAAGAGGUACACCAGCUAAAUAGCAUGGUACAAGUGAGUAUCCACUAGAUGAAUGUAGGCAUUGCUAUUAAAGCCACAUCUGCAUAUGUCUUGAAUUAUAAGUAUACAUUUUAGGAUCUAUAUACAGGUGAAACUCAAAAAA